AUGGGUAAGGAAUGGAAUUGGGUUGGGAAAUCAUCCAAAAGAAGUGUUAUAGUUGAAGAAAAUCAUGAAACAGCACCUAGUGGAUGCAUGUGUGCUGUUUUUCAGUUCUUUGAUUUUCAUCAUUUGUCUAACUCAAUAAAUCAUCAACAACAAAUCACUUUCAAAUCACCUUCUUCUACUUUAGUCACAAAAGUUUCAGGUGGUGAAGCUUCUAGGAAUAGCUUGGAAUCUGAGGAUAGCCUUGUUUCAGCUUCUCUAUCAAAAGAAGAAAAUUUUAAAAUUCCAAAUAUACAAAUCAAAACAAAAAGGAGCAAUGGUGGAAUAUUGACUCAUUUGUCCUCAGAAAUCAGCACUUCAUCAUCACCAGGAACAAAGACACCAACUUUGGUAGCAAGAUUAAUGGGUUUAGAUAUUCUUCCAAAUUCAAAUUCACCCUCUUUUUCUUCACCUCUUUCAACAUUAAAUUCACAAAGCAAGAACAAUAUUAUUCAACAUCUUCACCAAAUUAGAACCAAACCAAGGAAAAGUAUUGAUAGUAGUGAGAUUACAAGAAUGCCCUCAUCUACAAAAUCAGAUUUUGAUCAACAUAGGCUCUCUCUUCAAAUCAACAAAGAGAAUAGCUUUGGUGAUGAAGAUUUUGAGCUGCCUAGAUUAUCAUUUUCAAAGAGGAAAGUUGAUGAGAAUAGUUCUAAAAGUUCAAGUCAAUAUGCUAAGCAAAUUGUGAAACAGGUUAAGGAAAGUGUUGUGAGUAGAAAAGUUGGUCAAGACAUUACCAACAAUAUCAAAAGCAUUCAGGAUAUCAAUAUCAAGCAAAACACUAAAGUAACCAAGAAGUUACCAAGCAAUGAUCAAUUACAAGGAAGAGAAGAGUUUCUAGGACAAUUAAGAGUCAAGAAAUGUCCUAAAACAACAUCAUUGAAAGAUUCAAACACUAAUUCAUCAAAUUCACCAAGGACUAGAUUCAUUGACAACAAGGACAAGUCAAACACAUCAAUAAAAACAAGAUCAAAAGAUCAAAACACAAAACCAAAGGUGUAUGCGUUGAAACAAGAGCAAGAAUCAAAAGACAAGAAACUAGCCUCAUCAAAUUGUAAGAAAGCUACAAAUGAAAAGUUUAGUUCCAGAUUCAAAAGGCCUCCACAAACAUCGGAUAUAAUUGUUCGGCCAACAUCGAGUUCUCGAGCAAAUGACAUCAAAAGUAAUACCAAAUGCAAGAAAGUUCAACCAUUGUCAAGCAAUCUCAUCAACAUCAUCAAUGCUGUUUCAAAUGUUGAUUCUGUUAAGACAGAACCUUCUCAUCUGUCAAACAAAAUCCCUCGGAAACAGUGGCAGGAAUCUGAAACUCAAGACUCCAAACUCCAAAGCUACAAACCAGAAUUUCAGUACAUUGCAGAAAUCUUAAACAAACAUGUCACAACAACAAAAACAAUGUCUUUUAACAGAAUGUUCUCUUCAACACACUCACUUGACCCAUCAAUCUUCAACCUUCUCGAACAAAAUUCUGACGAUAAAGAUCAAAGCUUUGCCACAAAAAACCAACUGGGUCAACGUUGGAAUCGAAAACUGAUGUUUGAUUUGGUGGAUGAAGUUCUAAUGGAUAUUUUGAAACCAAACAGUAGUGAAAAAAAGCUAUACUUUUUAGAUGGAUUUUGCGAAAAGUGGACAGUUAUGGAGUUAACAGAGAAAGUUUGGAAAAGGGUUAGGGAAUUUCCAUGUGCAAAGUGUGAAGUUUUGGAUGAUAUUGAUAAUUUGAUUGAGUCAGAAGAUAUGGAGAAAGUGAUCAAGGUUGAAGGUGAAGAUGAAAGAAAAGGGUUGGUGAGAGAGAUUGAAGGGAACAUAUUGAACACAUUGGUGCAUGAAACUAUUUUGGUUAUGAGUAUGAUUGAAUGA